AUUGAUUGAAUAGAUCAAGGGGCAUAGCAUGCCAUCCAUUCCAGAACACCCCCCCUUCCCUCACUGCCUCGGCUGGAAUGUUGGGCUCUUUUAGGAGAACUCACUGACGACAGAUCUUCUUUCAAAGACGUUUUCAAAAUGGGGGAUUUAUUUAAUUCAGUGUGGGAUGUUUUCUCCUUUUCUUUAAGAAAAAUUGGUGGGUUUAGGAUUUAGGUGCUUGAUUGAUAUAUGCUCUCGCGCAUAUAGAAGACGACGACAAUGUUGACGCCCCAGAGUACCGGCGGCUCUCAGCACGGUUACAUGUCGUCACAGCCGGGCUCGACAUCGAAGAGGUGGGAUAAAGAGGAACUUCGAAAAUGCGGUGCUAUAGGAACUACGGAGCCGCUCAAUCUCAAUCUGCAAGGGAAAAUCCACCCCGUUUUUGCGAAUUGGGUAGACGUGGACCCGGAGCUACGCAAGGAGUUGGAACAACCACUAUUGCUGGCGAGCCGGAUGCUGGAUGCUGCGGGUCUACCUUGGAUCUCUGACUUCCUCGCUCACGACGUCUUCGCGGAGGAUUACCCCGGCCGGAGACCGAGCUGCCGGUGUAGCUUCACGCACUCCGCCGCUGGUCCCAGGUGGGACGGCGAAGUCGUGCCCCGGUCUAUCUUGCGGCACCACCGCGCGACGUGGGCUGAGGAGGAAGUAAAGGGAGAGUGGAUACAGAGCGCCGAAGACCAGCUCAGAGGUCCGAUGGCAAGGUCUCUGACGUGGCAGCUCGACAAUGAUAUGUUCCGCGAAAAGGGAUGGGUCGGAUACACGUGCCGUCACCCGCGAGACGGGCUGGCGCUUGACGAGAUCGACAGGUAUGGGACUAUACAAGAAUGGGAUAACAGGUGCGAGGAUGGGUGGCGAAAUCAGACGGUUUUGGUGACGGCGGAGUUCCCUAAGCAAUUAGCGGAGUUGAGACGUCUAGGAAAGGAAGAUACUGAGGAGUACCUGCUGACGUCUUUUAUGGCGGCAAUUACGUUGUUACAUGAACUCGGCCACGCCGUUUAUUGGAAAGACAGUCGAGCUCUCACAUUUGACUUACAUGAGCCGUACUACGGUGCCGAUCUACAAAUGGAAUUAGGCGACAGUUUCGUCGCAUCCAUCUUCGGCGGUUGGAUACCGGUUCCUAUCAAAGACUUCGCCCAACUUCAAAAUAAGUUAAAAUUUCGUGAAGGCCUGGCGUGGAGACAGAUGCUUACUUGGGACUUGCACCGUUUACGGCCUAAGCAUCGCGCUCACUACUCGAUACCCGUCAACUACAUAGCCCGUCUGUUCUCUGACAAAUGCUGGCUAGAGGCGCAAAGCGAUACGCUAGGGAAUCUGAUACAACCUCGGACACUUGAGCCAGCUGCCAAAGGCCUCGGGAUGUGCGCACAGGUCACUGCUGAUGGGCAUCAUGCAACGGCCGCCAUACCGGACUUCCACUGCUCCGGCCAGGGCUGGAUGUGGAAUAGGGCACUCGGAGCACGGUUCCGCAUACCACAGUACGACGGCUACCUCUGUCCCGACCUCGACCUUCCCAUAGCCACCGACGACGUGAUCGAGGAGCCCAAGCCACUGCCCCCGCUUCAACCAUCUCCCGUUAUAACGGCGGCCAGCACAACUAAGAUAACUAACACCGGAACAGCAGUGACAACAGUGACGCCAACAUUAGACGAGACUGUGCUACCCGAUUCUCCUUUCCCCGAUUCUCCCCGAAUAGAGAUGUUUCCCAAACCGCCGCGGCGGAAACCCAACAUCAACGUAAACAUCAAAAUGAGCAUCAGGAAUAAGAAAAAACCGGUCGUCAGACGGGAAUAUAGUACGGAGAAGGGUAAAGGCGGUACUAAGCAGAUUACUAGGGAGAAAAAGGAGGACUACUAUUAUAAGAAGAAAGCAGUAGCACCGAGUUUCGUCCGCCUGGCCAAGGACGAGCAGACGCCGCGGAGCCCGGACCGCUCCGAGAUCUCGGUCGACGAGCUGCGGAACCGGCUGUCGCAGCUCCUGGGCGUCUCGUUCGACGAGCUGGAGAGGUUCUUCGAGGCUUCGCGGUGUGCGUGAGGUGGGUGUCUAGCUUUUGAACUCGAGUAUACCUAAGAGUAUCAGCUAAAGGAAGUGGAUUAUGCCGGGGUAGGAUAAUGUGUAAUGGGAGGUAGUAGAGUAGAAAAUGGGAUGGUACUACUAUAUUAUUACGUACA